UUUGACUAGUUACCAACAUAUUUUUCCAGUACUCUUUUUUCUAACUGUAGAUUAUUUUAAAUUUAUUUAAUUUCCUUUAUUCAACUGUUUAACUAUUAGUUAACAUAUUUAUUCAAAUUUUGCCAUUUCACAUUAUUCUACAAAUUUUACUGUCUAUGUUUUGAUCACUUUCAAUUCUUUGAAUGUAUCUUACCUCGGUGUUUUCUCUGCAAAUUUUAAGGUUUUUCAUUCAAUCUGCUCUAAAUGGAUUCUCCAUUGGUUAAUAAAUUUAUAGAUGCUCCUAUUUUCAGACCCGGUGAGGAAGAAUUUAAAAUUGGACCAGCUAAUUAUCUCCGAAAAAUCUCCAAAAAUCAUCCAAACAUACCUUGCUGUAUUAUUGCUCCUCCUCAGUCAUUCAAUCCCUAUUUUAGUCUUGAUCAAGACACUUUUAAAUUUAAAACAAUCAAGCAAGACUUCCUUAGCAACGAAGAUGUCCCUGCAGAAAAAGAAUUCACAUUUCGCGAAUAUCACCGAAUGGGUGAUAGUUUCAAAUGCGAUUACUUUGGUAAACCUCCAAAUAGGGUGCCCUUAGAGGAAAUUGAUGAAAAUUUCUGGACUUUAGUCUCUCAGGGUGAAGAUGUUCAAAUUUUCUCUGCUUAUCGUUUAUCUACUAAUGUCUACGGAUCAGGAUUUCCAACUCGAAAGCCGGGAUCUUUCUUAACAAAAGACGAUGAAAAAUACCUUGACCACACUUGGAAUUUUCUAAAUAUUCCAGAAUCAGAGGAUAAUAUAUUUAGUUUUCUUGGAAACCAAUUAAGAGAUAACACAGUUCCUACAUUGGACAUUGGCAUGUGUUUUUCACAUCGUGGGUGGAGGAGAGAUGUUCACUGGUCAUAUUCGAUUAAUUAUUUACAUUGCGGUGAUUCAAAAAUAUUUUAUGCUGUUUCUCCUGACGAUAAUCAUCUCUUUGAGGCAGAAUUUGAUUCAGGAUCAAUUCCUUUACCCAUCGAUUUAAUUGGAGAAACAACUGCCACCUCUAAUUCAUCCGACGCAUUAUUGAAAGCUUCAAAGCGGAAACUUAAGGUUUUCAAAGCUGAACUUCAUCCCGGUCAUUUUCUAGUAACAUUUCCGUCCGUGUAUUAUAUGAACUAUGAUUCUGGAGUCAAUGUAGUUGAGUCUGUGGUCAUUGCUCCUAUUAGUUGGAUUCCAAUUGGCCAUAAAGCUAUCGAAUAUCUCUGUGAUAAUAAACAAUCUCCUCUUUUUAGUCAUGAGGAGAUGAUAUCAAAGUUAGCAAUUGAUGGCGAGCUUUUUGGUAUUGAAACCUUGAAUGAAAUUUCAACCAAUCUUGAACUUAUAAUUUACCAAGAAUUGAGUUUACGAGAAGUAAUCGAAAACUAUCCAACCUGUAUUAAACGCCAACGUCAAGCUUUCGAGCUCAUUCCAGAAGAUGAUCGUCGAUGUUCAUUUUGUGGAUUCAUCAUAUUUUUCUCAGCCUUAAUCUGUAAUUGUAAAACUGAUCGCUUCGUGUGUCUCAAGCACAUUGACCAUCUUUGUAAAAAAUGUCCCCCUUCAGAUAAAGUUUUUCGUUAUAGAUAUAAAAAAGAGGAGUUUGAACAGCUGAUUCACGAAAUUAAAGUCAAGGUCAACAAUUUCGAGAAAUGGAAAACAGAAGUUAAUAGUCUGCUUUAUAAUUGGUCCGAACAAGUUCCUAUAACUGUUUUACGAAAUCUUUACGAUAUAGCUGAAGACAAAAUUUACCCGCAAGAUUGUCCAGAAUAUGAAAAGUUGUGCAAUGCUCUUCAAGAGUUUGAACAGGUUCAUAAAAUUGUCCAGGAACUUCUCGAGCAACAAAACAAAUUCAUAGAAGAAGAAAACUCCAAACGUGUUAAAUAUCAAUCAUCUUUAGCUCAAUCUUCUGCCAGGAUAAAGAAAAAGAUGGAAUCAGAAAAAGAUGAAAACAAAAAUGGAAACAACCCGGUGAAAUCAAAACUCGUAUUAUCAAGAAAUAAUGAAUCUGAUAACGAAAACCGAAAAUUAAGUGUAUUCGAAUUCUCGGGUUUCUGUGAAGUAUUAGACACUUAUCCUUUUAAAGUCCCUGGAAGUGAUGAACUUAGAAAGCUGUUAUUUCGAUGUGUUGAGAUUGAUAAACUUAUUGAUAGUUAUCUUGACGAAAAUACAUCUCUUAAAAUUGAUUCCCGAAAACUUUUGAACCUAAUUCAAGAUGCCAAUACAAUUUCAUUCAUUUGUUUUGAACGUAAACUCGACAUUCUGAAGGAAAAGUUAAUUCAGAUUAAAUGGUUAGAAGAUUGUGACCCUUUUCUUGACCGAAAGCAAAACCCUCGCUGCCGAGCAAGUAAUUUAAGCGAUUUGAAAUCUCUUAUCGAAUCUGGAAUGGACUUAAAAGCACCAUCAAAUGUAGUUACAUCUUAUCUAAAUCGCCUCAACAUGAUUUGGGAAGAAGCAAACCAUUGGUUGGACAAAGCUAAAGAUAUUCUAAAUGCAGUCAAACAAAACUCUUCAACAUUAAAUCGUGAAAAAUUGGAUUUAGAUGCGAUGGCAGAACUUAUGGAUCAAAGUGCAGAAAGUCCUGGAUUACGAGCUGUUGAUUUGAAUCCAGUUUGGGAUGAAUUGCAACAGUUGUAUAGUUUAUGUCAACAAUGGUCAAACACAGCCCUUGAAAUGAUGACAAAACUUCGAUCAGAUAAACAGAAAGAUGAAGAAAAUAUUCCAUAUGCUUCUGAGCUGGAAGAUCUUUACAAUAAAGGGAAGAAUAUUGGUAUCCAUUUUGAUGUUCUUGGUGUUAUGAAAGCUUCUUUGCAAGUUGCCAACGAUUGGAAGGAUAAAGUCAACAAAACUUUUCUUCGAAGAAACUCAUUCUAUCCUAUUGUUAAUGUAUUGGCUCCUCGAAGUAACUAUUCCCUUCCAUCAAGCAUUGAUAUUAUGAAUUGUUCAUCCCGCUCAAUAUAUCAGCAAUUGAAAAAAUUUGCAACCCAAACCCCAGCUCGUGAAGGGAGCAAGAAACUGACCGGUUUUGAAAAACAACUUUCUGGUGAUUUCAGUGCUGCAAAGAUUAAUAAGAUUUAUGAUCUGUGUGAGAAAGAUGAAAUGUCCGAGAUUCAAAUUAUAAGGGAAAAGAACACAAAGAAAAACAAUCAAAUUGCUUUUAACGAGUUUAAUGCCGCAGAUGAUGAUACUGGAGAUGGUGAUUUGAACGAGAAAGAUCGAAAAUCUAAGGAACGUGAUAGAAAUUCGAGGAAAUUUUGUUUCUGUGGUAAACCAGCAGGCGAUUGGAUGGUUCAAUGUCAACUUUGUCAAGAAUGGUAUCACGUCUCUUGCGUAUCUUCUUAUUUGCCAUUCGUUAAUUUGGUAGCAAAGGGACGUAAGCAACUGCUUAUACAAAAUUCAGAUGAUGUUGUCGAUCAAUUUAACUUUGUCUGCAUUCUAUGUUGCCGUGGAAAAAGACCUUCGAUUGAUCUUGUACAAGAGCUAAUCUAUUCUUAUACAAAGCUUCCAACUCGUGUUCUCGAAGGUGAACUGUUGGUCCGUCUUCUAAAUAGAAUACAAAGAUACCAAGAAAAAGUGAAGAAUAGAAUCGAUUCCCACUCUGAUCUAUUAGAAGGAUUCGACAUUGUAGAAAAAAAUUAUUGUUUGAAUAGUGAUUCCUCCAGUCAAGAACAAAAUAUAACAGGAUCUCCAUCUAAAAAUAAGCGAAAAUCACCUUUGAUCUUACGAAAGGAUUUAACAGAUAAUCAUGGUUUAAGACUUUCAAAUGAAUCUCGCACUAUUCUAUUGGAGCUUAUUUGCGAAGGAAAUUUAUUAGAAGCUGGUAUUCCUGAGGUACAACAUCUAUGGAAUAUCAUGCUUUUCGUAAACUCAAAUUUGAAGACUUUAGUUUUCGUUAACCCAAAUUCAACAUCAUUAGCCAUACUAGCUUCUAGUACAUUUAUGAUUGACACAAAUAAACGUACACCUGAAUCAGAUGAAGGUAAUGAAGGGGAAGCUGUCGAGACCGAUGCGACAAAAUCAAGAAACAAAAAACGAAGGCGAGAUCGUAGUGUUUUUGAGCGAAGCAAGGGCAAAAAAAAUCGUAAAGGCAAAAGUGAUAAGGAUAAUAAUGUUGACGCUGAGCCUGAACUUUGCUCACUGAGUUCCGAAUGUCUUCGGCCUGAGGGUCAAGAAGUUGAUUGGAUAUUUUGUGAAGGAAGAUGCCAAGGAUGGUUUCAUCAACUGUGUGCUGGAAUAUCUAAUCCUCAAGAAGUUGUUCAUCUUGAAAAAUAUAUUUGUGCUACUUGUCAGUCAUUAGAUGAAAUAGAAUCGUCUAAUACGGUAACUGGAAAUGGCACUAAAGACUCAAACCUCAAAAAAACAAACAAAGCUGGUAAAUCAAGUAAAAAUGGUGUUAAAUCACAUAUUCCUGCCUCGACAGAUGAAGCGUUAGUGACAACAAAAGUAUUUGAUGAUGGCUGUGAACAAGGAGGAGACAAUAGUGUUUAUUCAAAGGAUGCAAAUCUAGUUAGUGACGAUAAUGCAAUUGAAAUUGACCGAAUUGACGAAAGCAAUGUAAAUGGAAGUUUAGAUCUUCGUGAUGUCCCUAGAGUUAUAGCUGAUGAUGAAGAAACAACAUCGGUUCUCAGUGAAGAUCGUGUUUAUCAUGAAACGUCAUUUGAAAGCAUCGAAGAAAGUAUCAUUGAAAAUGAUGUUGGUAACGGUUCUCAAGUCUACGAUACAUAUGUUAAUAAUAAAGUUCAUAAUAAUGUGCAAAGUUCUAGUCAAACCGAAGCUAUCUUGCAAGCGGAACAAUCCAUGAUCAUUGAAGAGAUACCUAGCUUAACAGAGCCCACAGUAACUUCGAUUGCUGUGUGUGUUGAAAAAAAUGGAACAAAAGAGUAUAAAAAGGGUUGUGUUGAAUCCAAAGAGAUGGGUCCUAAUAUCGUAAUUUGUGAUGCUGCAAAAUUGAAAAUAAAUUGUAUCACACAACAAGGAAAACAAAUUGCUCUUGGAAAUCCAGAGACAUCUGUUCAUCAUCGUCAACCAACAAACCAGAUAACCAACCCGAAAGAAUCUUAAUUGACUUCUACAUCAUCAGUCGAUCAUAAUGAACAGAUCUCUUAAUUCAAACUGUAAAUAUGUUUAAAUGACAAUCAGCUGCUUAGAUUUGAUCUCUCCACUUAUAUUUUAUUAUUUUCAACAUUUGUCGUUCGAAAAAUUGAGACGACUGUACAAUUGAAUGCAAUCCAUGUAAUGUCUCUAAAAAUACUCCAAAUAAUAAAACCAACCAAUGAAUCAAAUACCUUUAUUUGCCAAAUUCAAUUAAUAAUGUACGAACAAAAUUAUUCAUUCACAGUUUAAAGUAAAAAUGAAAUUCAAAUAGUUUUUCACACUCAA